AUGACCAGCUCCCUGCUCGCCCUGCUCGGAUUGUGCUUGAGUGCUUGCGUGUGCGUGUUGACGGCGGGGAGCAGCUUUUCUGUGGAUGGAAACGUGGAAGCGCACGCGGGCUUCAUGCACCGGCGGCUGCGGACGCACGAGAAGAGGGAGAUGCAGAAGGAGAUCCUGUCCGUCCUGGGACUGCCGCACAGACCGCGGCCGCACUUGUUGUCACAGGGGAAGUACAACUCGGCUCCACUUUUCAUGCUGGACUUAUACAACACCAUAUCCAGCGAGGACAAGAGCCAGAUUCUGGACAGGUACUCAUCCAUGCGCACGACGCAGAGCCCUCCUCUGGCGACGUAUCAAGAAACAGCUUUUCUGAAUGACGCGGAUAUGGUGAUGAGUUUCGUUAAUCUGGCGGAGUACGACAGGGAGUUCUCCCCACAGCGGCGUCACCACAAGGAGUUUAAGUUCAACCUCUCACAGAUCCCAGAGGGCGAGGCCGUCACCGCAGCUGAGUUUCGCCUCUACAAGGAGUGUGUGAGCGGAGCUUUCCGCAAUGAAACCUUCCUGCUCAAAGUGUACCAGGUGGUCAAGGAGCAUCCCAACAGGGAGGCGGAUCUGUUCCUGCUGGAGUCUCGCGUGUUGUGGGCUGCUGAGGAGGGCUGGCUGGAGUUUGACAUCACUGCCACCAGCAACCUGUGGGUCAUGAGUCCAGUGCACAACUUGGGUCUUCAAGUCAGCAUAGAAACCAGCAGCGGCCAGAGCAUUGGCUGUAAGGAGGCGGGGCUUGUAGGACGUGACGGUGCUUUGGAGAAGCAGCCGUUCAUGGUGGCUUUCUUCAAAGUGAGUGAAGUGCACAUCCGCUCUGCACGCUCCACUGGUGGAAAACGACGGCAACAGAACCGCAACCGAUCCACGCAACCGCAAGACGCAUCCAGAGGGUCAAGCCUACCAGAUUAUAACAGCAGCGAUCAGAAGACCGCCUGCAGAAAACAUGAGCUGUACGUGAGCUUCCGAGAGCUGGGCUGGCAGGACUGGAUCAUUGCGCCUGACGGCUACGCAGCCAACUACUGUGACGGAGAAUGUUCCUUUCCUCUGAACGCCCACAUGAAUGCUACCAACCACGCCAUCGUGCAGACGCUGGUGCACCUGAUGAACCCUGAGAAUGUGCCAAAGCCGUGCUGCGCCCCCACCAAACUCCACGCCAUUUCAGUGCUUUACUUCGACGACAACUCCAACGUCAUCCUGAAGAAGUACAAAAACAUGGUGGUGCGCGCCUGCGGCUGCCACUGACCCUGCCGGAGGGAAGGUGAUCCACCCCCCCAAAAAAGUCCUCCACUUCUGGAACAAGACAUCAAGAAAUGCAAUUAAGGAUUUAUUGUUGCAUACGUUUUUGUCAGCAGCUUCUCUUUUUAGCUGAGGACUAGAGCUGUAAUCUCAAGGAAGUCUGUGGAAAAGAGGGAGUCUUUGUGGAUGAUUUUUUUUGUAUUGAACGCCUGACGGGCUGAUGCACCUACAGAGAGGACCAGACUAAAACCUCUGUGGGAAAGGCCAGAGUGCUGCUUUCUUUAUCAUCUCCACGAACUGAUGUUUUAAGAAAACUGAUGAGAAAGUCGUCUAAAAGAUUCGACUCACUGGCGCAGGAGUUUUACACUAAAUAAAUGACACAUCGGAGUCUAUACAUGUGCUGUUUUUUCCUUUUCUCCAGCCGUAUUUUCUCCUCCAGCCAUAUUUGCUCUCCCAAAAUACUAUAUGGACUGAACCGACCUGACCACAGACCGUUUUAGCUGUGGACUGCUCUGAAUAAUCCCCUCCGUGUCAAUAUUUGUCAGGCUCAGGCUGAGCCGUGAUUCACCGGGCCGCUCCGGCGUGAUGCAUGUUGUGGCUGUGCUUGUGUUUUUCUCCACACGACUGAAGAAUACAGCUCUAUCCCUCCGACAUGCCACAAAUGACCGUUUCUAUGUCGCUGCACUCGGAGAGCUAACAAACCCUUUCACCCCCACGACAGCCUGUUGAGAGCUCGGGGAAAAAGGUUCAAAUCUUUCACUUUAUUGGAUGAAAUGUAUGUUUCUUGUGCUCUAAAAGACACGAUGUGAUCCUUGGAUGGCAUGCAAUCUUCAUAGAACACUUAUGAAUGAUAAAGUAUAUAUAUCCACAAAUAAUUAAACUACCGUGUGUGCCUAACCAAUCUUUAAAUUACAAAAUAUACCUCUGCUAAGCUGCUGUUUACAUUUGUGAUCAUGUUAACUUUUUUUUUUGUAAAUACUUGUACAUUCUCCGCUUAUUUAUUGCACCUUUUAUUAAAAGAAAUAAAAAAUAUCACAUCUUUAAUACAAAACCAAGAUUGAAAAACCUUAUUUUUGGGAAAAAAAGACAACUUUAUUAUCAAAUUUCAUGUUACAAUUUGCCAAUACUCACUUUUUGUGCAACAUCUGUGGGUUUUGCACAACCCAUGAAAAGAAAAUAUACAGAAAAUACUUCCAUCACUGGAGUUCCAAAGAUCAUGUGCUAUCCAUAAAAAUGUUUAUUGAAAAAAGAAAAAAGGGACAAAGAGCGGCAUGUCUGCCUGUUUGUGUACCUUGACUGGACAAUAAAGCGAGUGGACAUCACAUGUUUCAUUUCAGGGGGGUCAAAGAACAUUCGGAAGAUUUAACAAGGUGCUGAUUACCUCACAAUGGUUUGUCACAAUCCACUGUUUUUAUCUCAAAUCUCCAAAAAUGUAAUGCAUUUUAGUAGGAAAAUAUGUUUUAAUUAUUUCCAGACACAAAUUGGUUUCACUCUUCUCCAACUAUCGCAGAUAGAAAGGUCGUGUGAUUGCAGUGACCUGAACUACUUUGUUGAUUACUUGAUUUCAGUGAGAAUCACAUUUGAUACGAAGAAAUUUGGAUUUUCUAAAUCAAGACACUUGUAGCUCAUAUAAGAGAUAAGGUCAGAGUGCAUUCAUUUGAAAGGAAAUCGUAAUGCUAAGUAAGUCAGAGAUGGUAUUUUUAAAAUCACAGGAUUCAGAAAAGCUGUUUUUUUAAUGGUUUGACUCACUUUUAAAUCUGUCGACUUUUCAAACUCCCGUAAAAAAGCAUAAAAAGCUUCCAUCAAACGUCUGAUGUUUCCCUGAGAGUUGUGUACAUAGAUGAUGAGUGGCAUGAAAAAUAAACACACACAGCCUCUGCAGUGACAACAUGAAGUGCUUUCAAUGUAAAAAAAAAACAAA